AUGUCAAGUGACGAUUGGCUUGAUAAUGAACCGCCAACAACAAACUCUGCUAACCUUACAACAUCAUCAAAAUCAAAAUCAAGUCGGCGACCUAAUGUUGAAGCAGCAAGCGGUUGGUCAAAUGAUAUUAAUGAUGAAAAUGGCAAUUUAGAUAUUUCGACUAUACUUCCUUCUCAACCUCCUAUGAUUCGGCAAAGUACUCGUCGAGCAGCAGAAGAAAUCAUUGCUACAGAUAUUCCUACAAUUCCUAUGGACGAUGCUGAUGGUGAUGAUACAAUUGAUAUGACUCCACAAAUAGCUGUUGCUCCCGAAUUUUCGGUUCAUCAAAUAGCUUCAUUCAAAGAAAUUGAACAUGAAUUUUCUCGUGAACGUGCUAGUCAAUACAUCGAUAGCAAAAUUGAUAUUGGUAUAUUAUAUCAUAACCUUCAUUUACAAGAAGAAUUUGAUGCUGAAGAACAAAAACCUUGGGAUUGGGACAAACUAUUUGUUGAAGUUCGAAAUUCUAUAAGCAAUCCAAUAACUGAUUCCUAA